AUUGCAAUUCGGCGGGUCGCGGGUGCGUCCCCGGCGCUAUCAUACAUCAGCUGCUGACACGCGAACCCUCGGGGCGAUUUUCGUAGAUUUGCUGACUGUGAUUGCAGUCGUUCUGCUUGGUAGUAAGAGCCAUGGCGUCGUCUGCCCGAGGACGCCUCUGUGUGAUUCAGCGGCACUUAACAUCUCACAAUGCGGGCGCAGGACAUCAAGAGGACACGAAAACCUCUAAUGACAUUGCGGAUAAUGGCCGCGCCCAAGAAGAAGGGCAUGUCAGAGAUGCAGACACCGCCGGGAAGGGGAGGAACGUGGCCUUCGUCGCUGCUUCGUGGCGGCCAACGUCGGGCGGCGACGAUGACGGAGAGGAAGCGGCGCUGAAGACGUUGCCCAAGAGACGGCAAGAACUGCUGAAAUGGAAUGGCUGGGGAUACAGAGACUCCAAGUUUGCUGUGCACAAGGAGAAGGAUUACUAUGUGGCCUUCACAGGAAACAGGUACAAGAUUGGGAACAUGGUGCUCCCACACUUUGCUCAGUGGGUGAAAGACACAUUAGGGGUAAACUUUGAUGACUGCACGCCCCCACAGGAACCUCCCUUACCACACCAGUUUCCAGAGUCCAUCCUUCAGCAAGAUUUCAUGUCUGAGCUGGAAACCCUAGGGAUUGCACAUUCCCUUGACGGAGAAGAUCGUUUGUUCAGAGCGCAUGGGCACACCCUGGCUGAAAUUUUCACUCUCAGGGAGGGCAUGUUUCCCAGGAUUCCUGACCUAGUUGUGUGGCCAAAUAAUCACAGUGAAGUAGAGAAGCUUGUCAACAUGGCUUCCAGACACUGUGUUGUGCUGAUUCCAUUUGGGGGAGGAACAAGUGUAUCAGGAGCUCUUCUGUGUCCUGAGGAGGAGAGCAGAAUGAUUGUUUCGCUGGACACCUCUCAGAUGUGCCGUAUUCUGUGGGUGGACGAUAAGAACCUGACAGCCAGGAUAGAAUCUGGGAUCAUUGGUCAGGAUCUUGAGCGCCAACUUCAUGCACGAGGGUACACCGCAGGCCAUGAGCCUGAUUCCUAUGAGUUCUCUAGUCUUGGAGGCUGGGUUGCAACACGAGCCUCAGGAAUGAAGAAAAACAUAUACGGCAACAUUGAAGACCUUGUUGUUCAGGUGAAGGCUGUGACACCCAAAGGAACAGUAGAACGUUACACAGCAGGCCCAAGAGUCUCUGCAGGGCCUGAUGUUCAACAUUUUAUCAUGGGCUCAGAGGGAACCCUUGGAGUAAUCACAGAAGUUACACUGAAGGUGCGUCCUCUGCCAGUGGUGCAGCGUUAUGGGUCUAUUGUAUUCCCAGAUUUUACAAGAGGUGUGAACUGCAUGCGUGAAGUUGCUCUUCAUCGGUGCCAGCCUGCUUCCAUUCGGUUAAUGGAUAAUGAACAGUUCAAAUUUGGUCAUGCACUUAAACCUCCUACUGGAUUCAUUGGCCUUGUUAGUGAAGGAAUAAAGAAGAUGUAUAUAACUCGUAUUAGAGGCUUUGAUGUACAUACCAUGUGUGUAGCCACCCUUCUUUUUGAAGGCUCAGAGUAUGAGGUGGCAGCACAAGAGAAGAGGAUUUACGACAUUGCCCUGAACAAUGGGGGCAUUCCAGCUGGGGAAGCUAAUGGCCAGAGAGGCUACAUGCUAACCUUUGUUAUUGCAUAUAUAAGGGAUCUUGCAUUUGAUUAUGGCAUAGUAGCAGAAUCCUUUGAAACUUCUGUGCCCUGGGAUCGUGUUCAAGCCCUUUGCCAUAAUGUUAAGCAUCGGAUUACUUCAGAAUGCACAGAGAGAGGAAUCAAGCACUUCUUUGUGACAUGUCGUGUCACGCAAACCUAUGAUGCGGGCGCUUGUGUCUACUUCUAUUUUGCUUUCAACUACCGGGGCUUGUCAGAUCCUGUGCUGUCUAUGGGGAAAAUUGGGGUUUACAAGGUGCCACUCCUGCUGACUACUGAAAAUGGGCUGUACCAGCAACUUUGUCAGUUUACCUCCAUCUCCAAGCUUGUGAAUUUAAGGGAAGAAGCAAAUGCCCGUAAUGAAAUCCUGGCCUGUGGAGGCAGCAUCUCGCACCACCACGGUGUUGGGAAAGUCCGACGACAGUGGAUGAACCAGACUAUAUCUGAGCCUAGUCUAGGAGCUCUGAAGGCUGUCAAGGAGUAUUUUGAUCCUGAUAACAUAUUUGUAUUCAGAGACUGUUGUCUGGAGUUGAUUAUACUGGUUAUGGAUAAUUUUAUCCAUGUUUAUGUGAAGCUUGGUUGUAUAGUUAGUGUUGUGAAAGUGGUCACGAGAGGGAAGGAAUUUUCCUUGGUGGAAGAAACUGGUAACGCGUGCAUUUGGUGGGAGGCUGCUUCAGGGCAUUUGGUGGGAGGCUGCUUCAGGGCAUUUGGUGGGAGGCUGCUUCAGGGCAUUUGGUGGGAGGCUGCUUCAGGGCAUUUGGAGCUUGCCUAUAUUUAUCCACCAAACAAAGUUCUGAUGGCAGAUUGUGAUACACACUUUGACUGUUUCAUCUCUGCAACCACGAGCGAACUCGCAUACAUCGUUUUAGUAAUCUUUGAUCCUCCAUUUCUAAAGCAAAUCACAGCCUCCGAGGAGGAGCGCGCACGUAACUGCUGA